AUGCCGAUCAAAAAGCCACAAGGCGGCGCGGCGACGCCAGCAGCAUCCCAAGCAGCGCUGAUCUCACCACUAGGCAGCUCCAUCUUCGGUCUACAUCUCCUCUUCACCUUUCCUCUGGGUCUUUUGAGUCUCUUUUCGCCGCUUUCCAUUCCUUUGCUAGAGCCGAGCAACUCUCUGCUCCUGCUCGUUCGUCUCUACGGCAUCGCUCUCCUCUCGCUGGGUGUUCCCUUGCUUCUAGUCAGACCUCUGCCCGAUCACCUGCCAGGCAAGAGGGCAGUCGUGCUGGGCAUACUGGUCUACCAUGGAGCGAUCACUCCCAUCGUUGCUCAAGCUCCUAGAGUAGUUCCCGUCUCCUUCGGAAAGCUAGCAGAAACGCUCUUGAUCACUCCAGAGACCACUCUGGCCGCCAUACAUGGGCUCUUGGCCAUCGGCUGCCUCGCUUGGUGGCAAACAACUCUUCCACAGACAGUCGCACAGGGCAGCGCACGCAAGAGAGCCGCACCAGGCUCCGAAUGA